AUGGGGGCACACGACGGCCAGAAAACGGCCCAGCCCCGUCAGUUUGGUGCGUCCUCUGAUGUCGGCCGUUUUCCGGGGGCUGUUCACUUUUUAGGUUCACUUUCGGCCGUCCUUUACGCAUUGUCAUGUUUUUUGUUCGUGCUAAAGGUUGGCUUCCUUUUUAGGUCAGCGCAAGCCGUGGCGCGGGAUUCUUUUGUUUGGCCCACCAGGAACAGGAAAGAGUUAUAUUGCCAAGGCGGUGGCUACAGAAGCCCAGAACUCGACCUUCUUCUCGGUCUCGUCCAGUGACUUGGUCUCCAAAUGGCUCGGCGAAUCGGAAAAGUAAGUGUUUACGAUGGUGGACGAGUGUAAAAUGCUGUGUAAUGUUUGGGAGAAUCGUAUGUAACGCAAAUUACGUUUAAAAAUACUGUUAUAUUAAGUUACAUUCAAUUUUUUUUUAAAUUUCGAAAAAUUUUUACAAAACUGUAAAAUUUAUACAUUUUAAAUAUAUUAUCCUUGUUCAGGUUGGUAAAAGAGCUGUUUGCCAUGGCUCGGCAACAGAAGCCGUCGAUUAUCUUCAUCGACGAAGUGGAUUCCUUGUGUUCGGCUAGAUCUGACAAUGAAUCUGAAUCCGCGAGAAGAAUCAAGACCGAGUUUUUGGUUCAGAUGCAAGGGAUCGGCAAUGAUGACAAUGGUGUUCUGGUGCUCGCUGCCACUAAUAUCCCAUGGACGUUGGAUUCGGCUAUCAGACGACGUUUCGAGGUAUGAUAAGUUAAAUGUCACUGGUUUUCGACAUUUUGUGAGAUUUAAGUUUCAACCUACUAAUAUUGUGCUUUGAAUUCGCUUAAACAACGUUUUAAAAAUGUUAUUGUAAUAUUUGUUUUUUUCAGAAGCGUAUCUACAUUCCCCUACCCGAUGUGAACGGCCGCAGACAGAUGUUCAAGCUGGGAAUAGGAUCGACUCCUCACAAUGUGAACGAUGAUGAGCUCAGAAUCCUGGCUGAGAAGACCGAGGGCUAUUCAGGUCACGAUAUCUCGAUGGUCGUGAAGGAUGCGUUGAUGGAGCCCAUCAGGAAACUCCAAAGUGCUACUCACUUUGUCAAAGUAGGUUGUUUUGUGAUGUUUUGUAGGAUGAACAAUUUAUAUUUUCAAGUUUAGGUAACAAGUUGAUGUUUUAAAAAUUUAUGUUGUUUUUUGCAGAUAUCAGGCCCAUCUCCAGUCAAUGGCGAAACUGUACAUGAUCUUCUGACACCAUGUUCUCCAGGACAUCCCGGAGCACAAGAGAUGAACUGGCAAGAUGUUCCAUCAGAUAAGCUCGCCGAACCCAUUGUAUCCAUGGUAUGUUUGAUAUAAACAUUAUUUCUUCCAAACAUUAGGCAUGGUUAUCAAAAAGCUAAUUACAACUGGUUUCAGAACGAUAUGCUGGUCGCGUUGAUGAAGAACAAACGUUCCGUGAAUAAGGCCGACCUCGAACGACUGGAAGUGUUCCAAAAAGAGUUUGGACAAGAAGACUAA